AGUGCGCAAAUCAUUUUUUUUUCUGCCGCAGUCUGUCAUGUCAACUCAUCCCGGAGACACUUCUCGGAAGCCAUCUGGCUCCUCAACGCGCUCGUCUGGACACUCUCCUUCAGCAUCUCCGAAUAACUCGCAGAGAAACUUGACUCCGACAACAGCGAAUAAUAUGUUUGGCGUCGGGAUGGGCGGAAGCGCCGCACUCAAGGGCCUCAACUCAGGUUGGCAGGUGUGGGGAUCAACGACACCAGCGUCCAAAAGGAACGCGUCAAUAUCCUCCGCAGCCAGUGUGACCGACCUCUCACCAUCACAGGCGGAGAGCGGUUACCGUGGAAAUCUGGGAGAGAACUGGAGCGCCCCAAGACCGUCCAGUGGGAGCUGGGAUGAACUCAGCGGAAGUCCUCAAAAGAAAGAGUUCUCGCAGUUGGACGCUAAUUCCCCGCUGUCGCUGCAUCAUGCUCGGCAAAGACAAGCAACCGCAGCCCAAGCAGCGGCGUUGUCGGGACCUAGAAUUGACGAUCGUUCUUCGGCAAAGGCCGGACAGUUCUCUCCGCAGAGGUUCGACAAUGCUCUCGGAAAGGAAACUGGAGUCUCAAAUAGAUAUGCGGCUUCUUCAAAUGCAUCGGGCUAUGGAUCGUCUGCCUUCGGCGGUCAAAAUGCUGGUUUCGACUCCAUACAGGUGUCUUCAGUUGUCGAGAACGAAUUGUCUCUGGGUUUGAGAGGGAUGGCAGUCGAGGACGAUCACGUCAGUGGGCAAUACCGCCAACAGUCUGCCUCUUCACCGUCCAACGGUGUUGCUUCCCAUUCUCCCGCAGUUCCCCAGGUUCGCCCACCCCCACCGAUGGUUCAAGGACGUCCCCCGUAUGGUAGUUACCCUCAGGCCGAUUAUUCGUCUUAUUAUACCAAUGGCGCAACACGCGAUCAUUACAUGGAUUAUGGAUAUGGAUACAGCACUCAGACGGACCCUUCAAUCUAUCCCUCAUCCGCUGGCAUGAAUAAUACCUCCACGGCAAGCAUAUACCCUGGCGUAUCACCACAGGCGCUACACCCUAAUGCUCCCACUGGUCAACAGUCCAACAUGUACUACUGACUACUCAGCCUCUGCGCGAACCCCCUCACAAUAUUACUAUCCUGCGCAUCAGCCAAUAAUGUAUCCAACCAUGCCUCCGCUCUCUCCCAUGCCUACUCCUCAGCUC